AUGCCGGGGGGCCAGGGGCCGGCCAGCCCGCCUCCCGUGCUGGGUCCGGGGGCAGCCGUGUCGGGCAUCGUGCUGCUGGCCGUGGGCGUCUGGGGCAAGGUGAGCCUGGCCGUCUACUUCUCCCUGCUGGACGAGAAGGCCACCAACGUCCCCUUCGUCCUGGUGGGCGCCGGCACCGUCGUCGUCCUCCUGGGCACCUUCGGCUGCUUCGCCCCCUGCCGCGGCAGCACCUGGAUGCUCAAGCUGUACGCCAUGCUCCUGUCCCUCAUCUUCCUCAUCGUCCUGGUGGCUGCCGUCGUGGGGUUCGUCUUCAGGCAUGAGAUUAAGACAAACUUUGAGAGUAACCUCAACCUGGCCUUGAGGGACUACAACGUGACCGCGGAUCGGCACAGCGAGGCCGUCGACACCAUCCAGAGAACCCUGCACUGCUGUGGGGUGCAGAACUACUCGGACUGGGAGAGGACCGAGUACUUCACCCAGAGGGGCAUCCCCCAGAGCUGCUGCAAGAGCCAGGACGACUGCUCGGAGGAGGAUCUGAAAGACCUGAGCAAAGCCAAGCUGAAAGUGUUUGUGGAUGGUUGUUUUUUCCUGGUAACGUCAACGAUGGAGUCAAAAAUGAGCAUUGUGGCUGGAAUUUCCUUUGGCAUCGCGUGCUUCCAGUUGGUUGGCAUCAUUCUCGCCUGCUGCCUGUCCCAGUACAUCACGAACAAUCAGUACGAGAUGGUGUAGCUGGCCGCCGGCAUGCUGUGGCUGUGGCUGGGUAUGUC